AUGGAUGUAGAGUUUAAUGCCCUAAUCCACAAUCAAACUUGGCGUCUUGUACCGCCCCGACGUGACAUGAACGUGAUCGGGUGCAAAUGGGUAUUCCGGGUCAAGAGGAAGUCCGACGGGUCCAUUGAGCGUUAUAAAGCUCGGUUGGUUGCAAAGGUGUUCAACCAAGUUCCGGACAUCUAUAUGCGGAAGCCUCCGGGGUAUGUGAAUCCGGCUUUCUCGAAUCAUGUCUGCAAGCUCGAGCGCUCUCUAUAUGGUCUCAAGCAGGCCCCCCACGCCUGGUUCAUCCAGCUACACGAAUUUCUAGUUCAAAUUGGGUUCCGAACCUCCAAGACAAAUAUUUCUUUGUUUAUUUAUGAUUCUGGUGAUGUAAGGGUUUACUUGUUAAUUUAUGUAGACGACAUUCUCGUGUUGGGAAAUAGUCAUGGUAUGGUAGAGGGUGUUCUUUCGAAGCUAGCCACUGUAUUUCGCAUUAGAGACCUUGGCAGGCCUCAUUAUUUUUUGGGCAUAGAGGCUGUUGAUGCUUCAGGAGGCCUAAUAUUGUCACAACAACGCUACGUCACUGAGUUGUUAUGCAAGGCAGGAAUGGAGUCUUGCAAGCGCUUGACCACGCUGGUGGCUGUCACAUCAGAGGCUGAUCCAGACUCGGACGUUGCCCUAGAUGAUCCUACUGCUUAUCGUCAACUUGUUGGCUCGCUCAUGUACUUCCUGAUCACUCACCAGGACCUAUCUUUUGCGGUGAUUCGGUUGUGCCAAUUCAUGCACCAACCCAUGCAAACUCAUUGGGUCGCUCUCAAACGUGUUCACCGCUAUGUGCAGGGUACCAUGCACCUUAGACUCCGUCUCAUGCCCAUGGUGGUUCCGGUCCUACACGCCUUUUCAAACUCGGACUGA